CUUUGAUUUUCGAGCCAAAUUUCAAUCCAACGGUAGAGAGUACCUCGGUGCCCUAAAAUCCACGGCUAAGAUUAACUCAAAUAGAUCUAACGGCUUCUCUUUCUCCGACCGAGGGUUUAUCCAUCUCGUAUCUUCAUCCUCUCCGAAAGCCGGAGAUUCAAUCGAGCGGGCGGCGGUUUGAGCAGCUUUAGCUCCGGCGAUCUCCUUGGAGACCAUUCAAUUACCACAUUGUCAAGAUGCCUAAGUCAAAGCGCAACCGUCCCGUGACUCUUUCUAAGACCAAGAAGAAGGGAAGAGAUCACAAGGAAGUCAUCGUGAAUUCUGUAAGACAAGCUCUGGAGGAUUAUAACUCCGCUUAUGUGUUUACUUUUGAGAAUAUGAGGAAUCAGAAGUUGAAGGAGCUCAGGGAGCAGCUCAAGCCGAGCAGCAGAUUUUUUCUUGGAUCCAACAAAGUCAUGCAGGUUUCUUUGGGCCGAUCAGCAGCUGAUGAGGUUAAGCCUGGCAUUCACAAGCUUGCAAAGUUCCUUCGAGGUGAUUCUGGACUUUUUUGUACUAAGCUUUCAAAGGAGGAGGUUGAGAGGUUGUUUAAACAAUUUGAAGAGCAUGACUUUGCUAGGGCAGGAAGCAUUGCUACUGAAAAGGUUGAGCUGAAAGAGGGUCCUUUGGAAGAGUUCACCCAUGAAAUGGAACCAUUUCUCAGAAAAUUAGGCUUGCCAGUUCGCUUGAACAAAGGAGUUAUUGAAUUGGUUUCUGACUACGUUGUGUGUGAAGGAGGGCAGCAUCUGUCUCCUGAAUCAGCUCGUAUACUGCGUUUGCUUGGGAUCAAAAUGGCCACAUUCCAUCUCCAGCUUGUUUGCAGAUGGAGCUCUGAUGAUUUUGAAGUUUACAGAGAAGCAUUGAAACUCUCAGAUAACGAGUCUUCCUGAACAUUGUACCUAAAUUUACUACCAAAUUUGCCAGUGUUUCACCGAGGCCCUUGGCUGCAAUUUUGUUUUUUCAUAACUUUAUUGUCAUGCCAAAAUUCUGGCUUGUAGGAGGGCGUUCUAGCUAUUUUAGUAUGAAAUUUUCAUUAAUUUUGCUCGGUAUUGAUCAGGAAAUAUGUCAUAUUUACUUUAUUAAUAGCUUAUAAGGACAUAAAUAUACAUGUUUUGA